GGCACUUCAGAGAGUUUCUAUUUCCGGGGUCCUGACAGCGCGGAUUAGCAUUGUUAGCAUCGCCUCCUUCGCAGCGAUAUUUCUGUCAUAUCUUUUUGCAAAUAUUAGUAAAUCCAAGCAUGUCUGGAAGAGAAGGAGGCAAAAAGAAACCUCUGAAGGCCCCCAAGAAACAGUCCAAAGAAAUGGAUGAUGAUGAGGUGGCAUUUAAGCAGAAGCAGAAAGAAGAGCAGAAGGCCUUGGAGGCGCUGAAGGCCAAAGCAUCUGGAAAAGGACCUCUUGGUGGCAGCGGCAUCAAGAAAUCAGGAAAGAAAUAAAGUCUGCAUCAGAAGAUUCUAGUGUGACCCCUUCCUGUCCUUCUGUCUGCCCAAAGACUUCAUUUAAUGUUCGGCCCCCCAGCACUCGAACCGCACGAGGAGAAACAUGACGAAUAAGAGAAGAGCGAUGAUAGAACGGUGCUCCGUCCUAUUACUGUUCCUCCUUUAUGACCAAUAACGUCUGCAGAGGCGUCGCCAUGGUGACGGCAUCGUGUGAAACUAACACAUUUUAGUUUUAUUCAUUUUUUUUCUGUGAAUAGGGGGAAAUAAAUAAACAAAUUUUGUAUUCUG